GUGGUUCACAUGAACGGGAUGAAUAUUUCCCGGCAGCCACUGGCGGGUCGUGCGGAGUAUAGCCUGAUAAGUCAUGUCAGAUGACAACUGCUAUGGACCAACCCUGCCACCAUCAAUGCGGAAGGCCUGUGAUGUGGCUGAGCCCCGGGUAGGGCGUGCCAGCUCCGAGGAAGCCUCUGAUGAUGAUUGCUACGGUCCCAUCCUGCCGCCAUCAAUGAGGGCUCGACGCCAGUCAGACCCUCCUCCUAUCGGCCCCAGCCGGCCGGACCCGGGCGGGUCGGUCGCGGCAGACCGGCCUCCCAUCGGCCCCAGCCGGCCGGACCCGGGCGGGUCGGCGGCUGCGGACCGGCCUACCCACUCUGACCCAGACAGCUCGAGCGACGAGGAUGCCUACGGGCCGGCGCUGCCACCCGGAUUCGUGCGGCGCGCGCCGGCGGGUCCUGCGGUCAAGGGUCCGGCGCUGCCACCCGGAGGACUGCCGCCGCCCGCCGAGGACGAAGAGGACGAGGAUGACAUCAUCGGGCCGCUGCCUCCAGCGGCCAGCGCGGAUCUCGGCCAGUACGCGGCCGACGAAGUGGAGCGACGCGCCAGCAGCAUGAAGGACAAGCUGGACGCUCUGGGUCGGCCGGUGGAGCUGGUACGCGAGGAGUGGAUGCUGGAGCUGCCGCCGGAGCGCGCCGGCGAGUUCGGCCUCGGCCCGCGCCAGUUUCGCCGCAGUGCCGCGCCGGAGCGGGGCGACACCAGCGCCUGGACUGAGGUGGCCUCCGACCAAAAACCGCGCCCUGCCGCCACUAGCAAGAAAAGGGCGGAGGCUGUGGUGGACCUGGCCACAAGACGGCGGGAUGAGCGCAUGGCCGAGGUGGCUGAGUCUCUGCAGGCCAGCAGGAAGGACUCGCUGCUCGACCUUCACCAGAAGAAGGUCAAGCAGGGAAAGAAGGAGGCGGGAGACACUUCGAAGCGGCGCCAAGAGUUCGACCGGGACCGCGACCUCGGCACCAACCGUUUCGACGAGUCGCAGCGCGCCGCCGCCAUCAAGCGCUCGCGCGGCGCCGCCGAUAUGUUCGGCGCUGGCGCGCAGAAGUUCCUGUAGCGCCGGCGGCGGACCUGAUUUGGGCGGCGCGUCUUCGACACGGGGAUUGGUUGGCGCCAGCUGCGCCGCGCGCCGAACCGAGCCCGGCCUGCCGAGUUUGCUGUGGUGGCUCUGUUUGCAUAAUGCCGUGCUGGGCGAUGUGUACCGUGCCAAGCGCCCUCUUCCAUGCAAGAUGCCCUGACACAUCAAAGGGGUGUUGUAAGGACCGGCGCGGUAUAAGUCGUGCCAUGUAUUGGAUUGUUAAAUGCAUUCAGUGCCUCAACACAUGCUGUGCUGGUGUGGUACAGCGGUCCUGAAGUAUGCUGUGUUUCAUCUAAGGCUGGUUUUGCCUUGGCGUUUGUGCGGAAUGUUUGCAAGGUUUUUGCACAUCUGCCAUCUGGCUCGGGCUGCGUUUCGACUAAAUAUUUUUCUCAUUUUCACUAUUCAAACAUGGACUGCCUGACAUUAAAGUGUUUGCUGCCAUGUGUAUCAUUUCAGUGGAUAAUGGACGCUACGGCGCUAGCCCGCGUUAUGCGUCAUACGAUGAUGUUGGUAGGUUGCUACGAGUGAAGCAUAUCAAAUGUAUGUGAUCAUGUUUUGUCUCGACAAUAUUACAAUACA